UCGGCGAUGGCUCCACAUUUACCGUUGCAUUCCACACCAACAGCCCAUCAGCUGGGAGCGGAACUCGGAGAGCCACGACGAGCACAAACAACGGAAGCGCGUGCCGCUAAAGUUUACGGAAAUAAAAAAGCGGACAAAAGUUCAACAUCUCUCUCUCACGCUUUUUUUAACUGCAACUGACAAAGUGCCAAAUCCUGAUUAAACGAUUUACGAGCCAAUAAACAAAAAAAAAAAAAAGAAAAACAAAACACCAAAGCAAGUGCAGUGCAGAGUAAAAAAAAUCCGGAUCCGGAAAAUGUGGCCCAACUUUGUAGGCGUCAUUUCCCUGCUGUGCCUGGCAUUCUUUGCUUGGGCCAGUGCUGGACCUGUGCCAAUUGUGAACGAGCACCAACAACUGAUGCCCAAGGUCCCUCAAUGGCAUUGCCUCCGCUACUUCAAGCACGAUGUCCUGAUGAUGCGACGCUGUCGUCAUCUCCGAGUCCCAACGGCGCCACGGCUGGGGGACGUCAUCAAGCGCAAGAAGAAGUAGUAUCCGGCCGACGGACGAGAAUCGAAAUCAAAAAUACUCAACACGACUGAGCAACAAAAUCAAUUAAAAGUUCACUUUUUAAAGGAUUUCUAAAUCAGACCAAAGCUAAACCAAAAAUUAUAUACAAUAUAUAUUAGCAUUUCUAACUAAUCAUAAGCCUAACCAAUUGUACUUCAUAGAUGUUUAAGAUUUUAAUAAAACGACUAAGAACUUGAGAUUCAAUUCAAAUAAAUUAAAUUUUGAUUUAAAAACUAAA